GUUUUCUUAACAUUUGUUUUUAAUAAUUAACUAUAAAUACCCCUCCCUUACCCUUUUUUCCGGUUUUCUAAGUCCCGUUUCCCGAUAUCGUACUAUUCUUCCCAUCCUCCGUUGCCUUCUCGCCGGAAAACCUCCUUUUUCUCGCCGGAAAACCUCCUUUCUCCUCGUCGGGAAUCUGCUCUGGCCGGUUUUCUGCUUGACUUUUAUUCGAAGAAAGCGUGGAAUUUCCAGCGACUUUUCUUCGCUUUGGAGGGAAGCUUCGGAUCUCGGGUUCUGACGCGGCUGGAUUUCUUGUAAUGUGCGUCGCCGUUUCUUGAAAGCACCGUUUUAACGGAAGGAAACGGCAGAGGUCGGGUAUAGGGUUUCGGGUUGGGGAGGAUUUCUUAUGCUUUUGUCCCAUUCGACGGACGGCGGAGGAUUCGAGGGAAGACGGUCGGUAUGAAAUGGUGGAAGGAAGGGCUUGUUUGUCCAGAGAGGCUAAGAAUGCACUAGAAAUUCUUAAGCGUAAGAGGCUCCAACGGAUGAAUUUGGGCAUUGCAUCUGAAGGAGUAAAUGUUACUAAUAUGAUGGCUAGAAGUGGUGGGGAUGCUUUAAGAGCUUCAACAUCAUGUGGAAUGAGAUUGCCUGAAAAUGUGCAUUUGAAUUCACGGGUUAGUGGUGUUUCAAGUGGAAGGGAUGUUUUCUCAAAGCACAAGGUUGAAAAAUUCGACACAGCUGAUUUAGGAUGGAUAGACCAAAUUCCUGAGUGCCCUGUAUUCAGCCCCACAAAGGAGGAGUUUGAGGAUCCCUUAAUUUAUCUACAACAGAUUGCUCCAGUAGCUUCUAAAUAUGGUAUAUGCAAGAUUAUUUCGCCUUUGAGUGCUUCUGUACCUGCGGGUGUUGUAUUGAUGAAAGAAAAAACUGGUUUCAAGUUUCAAACAAGAGUGCAACCUCUCCGGUUUGCGGAGUGGGAUACAGAUGAUAAGGUCUCCUUUUUCAUGAGUGGGAGAAAGUAUUCAUUCCGUGAAUUUGAGAAAAUGGCGAACAAGGUUUUUACUCGAAGAUACGUUAGUGCUGGAUGUCUUCCUGCCAAAUACUUGGAAGAGGAAUUUUGGAAUGAAAUUGCUUGUGGCAAGAUAGAAGCUGUUGAGUAUGCAUGCGAUAUUGAUGGAAGUGCCUUUUCAUCUUCUUCUAUCGAUCAACUUGGAAAAAGCAAAUGGAACUUGGAGAGGCUUUCUCGGCUGCCCAAAUCUGUGUUGCGACUGCUGCCGAGUGCAAUCCCGGGAGUAACAGAUCCCAUGCUUUACAUUGGAAUGCUGUUCAGUAUGUUUGCAUGGCAUGUGGAAGAUCAUUACUUGUACAGCAUCAAUUAUCAUCAUUGCGGUGCAUCGAAAAGUUGGUAUGGGAUUCCUGGUCAUGCAGCUCCUGAUUUUGAAAAAGUGGUCCGGGAGCAUGUGUACUCUCGUGAAAUUCUAUCCACUGAAGGAGAUGAUGCAGCAUUUGAUGUGCUUUUGGGAAAGACAACCAUGUUUCCUCCAAACAUUCUGUUAGAACACGGUGUUCCUGUAUAUAAAGCUGUACAAAAGCCAGGAGAGUUUGUUAUCACUUUUCCUAGAGCAUAUCAUGCUGGAUUCAGUCACGGUUUUAAUUGUGGCGAGGCAGUGAACUUUGCAAUUGGUGACUGGUUUCCGCUGGGAGCAGUUGCUAGCCAGCGUUACAGUCUUCUUAACAGGAUGCCCCUCCUUCCUCAUGAAGAACUCCUUUGCAAAGAAGCGAUGCUUCUAUUUGAGAGAUCGUCUGCUCCUGAAUCCAGAGAUCUGGCUCCUUCAUCAGCAGACUUGGUUUCACAGCAGUGCAUAAAGGCUUCUUUUGUGCACCUAAUGCGGUUUCAGCAUCGUGCUCGCUGGUCACUCAUGAAGUUAGGAGCACGUACGAGCUUUUCUCCAGCUUCUGAGGGAACUAUACUCUGCAGCCUUUGCAAGCGUGAUUGUUAUGUGUCGUGUGUUAAAUGCAACUGUCAUAUGGAUCCUAUCUGCCUUCGCCAUGACACUGAGGCAAGGGGCUGUUCAUGUGGGCAUGACCGUCUUAUUUUUGUGAGGGAGGAUCUUUUGAAAAUGGAAGUUGCUUCCCAGAAAUAUGAGCAGGAAGAUGGAAUAUUAGAGGCGGUUCAACGGCAACUGGAGUUAGGCAAUGACUUGUGCCCGCAGCCCAGUUUGUUCUCAUGCUGUGAAGAAGAUGGAUACGUGCCAUAUUGUGAGAUAAAGAUUGAACAGAAUUCUAAAUGUGCAGAGCAAGCUCAGGUUCAAUUACGAGAACCAGAUUGUGUUUCUCACAGACCGGCGAUGCAGAAUAGUGGGAACAGCUUCAUCAAAUCUGAUGUGGUUGAAGUUACUCCAUCUCCUUCAGUCACUGCUGUGCCGAGGGAUGACAGCUUGUCUUUGCAUGGUCCUGUGAAUGUUAACAAUACAAUGACCUCUUCAGCUAAGGGUUCUGAAAAAGUAUCAGCUAGUGGACAUGAAUCUUCCCAAUCCUCUCUGUCUUAUAACAGUUGUUUGUCUACCGAUCAUGGCAGUUCACACGUUGUGCAGGUUAUACCUGCCGUGGAUCAAUACAGCGAAGAUUCUGAUUCUGAGAUGUUCAGGGUCAAGCGUAGAUCCACUGUGAAAGUAGAGAAGAGAACUGUGAACAGCAUAAUAAACUCAAAGGCCACCGAACAGCAGGCACUUAAACGGCUGAAGAAACAUCACCUGGACAGAAGAACUGAGCAAUUCCCAUCAUCAGAUUGUGUGCCCGACAAGCUGGACCAGCCUGCUGCAAAUCACCAUUUUAAAGAAGCUCUAGAUUCUGCUCCAAAAAACAGAGUCAGCGGCGUGGUUGCUGCUGCCUCCAACAAAUUCAAAGCACCACCAAUUGACACAAAGCUGAGCAUGGAACCGAAAUCAAGGGAUCAAACUGCAAGGGCUAAUUUUCAGGUUGAUGUAGGAUCAAAUGUUAGGGAACUCACACCAUUUGAGUACGGAACAAAGCGUCUGAAAGUUAGAGGCCUGUCACUUCCUGGUGGCGAGCAGUCCGGCCUGAUCUGCCAGCUGCUGCCAGAAGUAGGUGACGAGAAAUCUAGAGGAGCAGGCUCUAAGAGGAGCACCAUAACAUGACCCAUUCCUAAACGGAGUUCUCUAACACACCUGAACAACAACAGAAGUCUUGACUCUAGGAUGACAAUGUCAAAUUGACAGGGUGAGUUUAGCAUUGACGGAAACUCAGAUUCUUUGCGUGGGCGCCGAAUUUGGGGUCUACUGACACACGAACGAUCAUAUGGUCAUUGAAUUCUUCUUGGGUUCUCGGCCGGAUCUCUUCUUUUGUUUCAGCUUUCGGAAGGGGGCCAUGGCAAGUGGGGACGGCGAGAGUUAGUUGCUGUGUAGGCUAAGAUACGUACAUGGAUUUAUAUCAUUGAUCAUUGAUUCUUUUGAGCAACUGGGUUAUAUUAUUCCCGCAAUCUCGUGAUGUGUCACAGUUCCCUAUUCGAUUUCUUUAUUCUUUUAUAACACAACCGGUCCUGUAACUUGGACUUCAAUAAAAAGAAAAAAAAAAUCACGAAGAAGUUUCUCUUUUC